CUCAUGCUGGCAUGCGGAAGUGAAAGAGGUCCUUCUGACUUGCCGUACCAGGAAGUGUAUACGUUUCCAACAUGGCAACCCUUGACGUCCACGUCCGAAUAUGUGAACAAGAAAUAUUAAAAUAUGACUUAGAAGUCAAAGCGCUUAUCCAGGACAUCACCGAGUGCAAAGGUCCUCAGAGCACGCUUACCGAACUCAAUGCUAACGUGAAAAAGGGUUUGCAAAAUCUACGAUUACUCAUACAAGAUUUGGAGCAGAUGGCAAUGGAGCAAGACAAAGAGUCUGACAAGCUAGCCUUGAUCCGUCAGGUAGAGGGACACAGGAAACAGAUGCUGAGCAACCAGACCGCGUGGAGGAAGUCCAACCUGGCCAGUAAAUUGUCAAUCGACAAUAUGGAGAAGCAGGCGCUCCUUAAUGGAGCUGAUAGUGGCGCAAGACAGAGGAAGUCAACCAAAGAGGACAUGGCUGAGACGUCCAGUGACAUUACAAAGAACCUGAUGAGCAUCAGUCGAAUGAUGGCCCAGCAGGUUAACCAGAGCGAGGAGGCAAUGACAACAUUAGCUACGUCAUCCAGGACCAUCCAAGACACCAAUGACGAAUUUAAGACCAUGUCAGGGACCAUCAAGUUGGGAAGGAAACUUAUCACCAAGUACAACCGCAGGGAGCUGACUGAUAAACUGCUCAUCUUUCUUGCACUGGCCCUUUUCUUCGCCACUGUUCUUUACAUCCUGAAGAAGAGAAUAUUUCCUUUCUUUUGAGGAGUGCAAGACCACCUCCACUGCUCCACUAUACCAAGUGAGCUCAAAUUGUUUUCAACAUGCUGCAUGUUAACCAAAAUUAAGUCAUCCAUCUAAUAAGAGUGUGAUUAAUUUUUCCAAAAUAAUGUACUUCUUUAGAUGCAACAAAAAGCACUGCAAUAAUAACAAAAAAAACCACACUUUGUGAUCGUAUAUCUGUUGAAAUUAAGCCCAAUGUGAAUUCCUGGUGUAGGAUUUUCUUGAAAAUAAUAAUUUUAACUACUCAUUAAACUUUGUUGAUAUGUGUUGAUAUGAUGCCGUCAAAAAUGACAGACAGCAUAGAAGUAUUUAAUAUUCCAAUUGAAAUCAGUCUUGCAUAUAACACUUACAUUUGGCAACCAAUCAAACUUGUUAAUCAAGUACGUAGAGAAUAACAUAAUUAGGUACAGCGGAACAUCCAAAGUCAAAUACUAAUUUCUUUUUUGUGAUUUGGAGACAUGUUUUGGCCCUCCCCUCCCCCCCAAAAUAUUUACUUUUAACCCUCAGGGGACAACUGCUGACUUGUUUGUCCUUUCAGUACACGUUUGCUGUAUUUUUGUCAUGUUUUUUUUAUUGUGGUACUCCAUUAUACAUGUUUUUUCCUAAAGGUUUUUUUUUUCCAUGUUUGAUUAAAAACAAUCAAUGUUCAAUUCUUACACUAGCAGUUAUUUGACAAUAAUUGAAAGCCAAACAGGACAAUAAAGUCCUAUAUUUCAAGGGCAUAAUCACAUUUUGGAUUCAUAUUUUUUGCUACUUUGUUAGCUGAAAUCGCUCGAUCAACUUCAGCCCUAAACAAAAUGACCAAACGUAAUGUGAUUGUGUUGUAUUAUUUUAACCCUUUUGAAGGGCUUUUUGAUCAAAUUAUGUCACAUGCAGUUUUUUGUAUACAUUUGCAUAUAACAUUAGUGAUAUCACACAUUUAAAACUAACAUUAUCUGAUCGAAAGGCUCAACAUGUAAAAAAAGUAAAAAAUAAAAAAUCAUUACAUGGUUGAUAUUUUUGAUUAGGACUACAAUUGAUUGAUAAAUUUGAGCAAAAAAACUAGAGCGAGAUACUGAAACCAGUUGCUCUGAUGCUGCAUCAUCAGAAUAGAUAUAGUAAUAGUUUUGACUACUUUUAAGGUAGAAAAAUGCUAUACAAGUGUAAUCCCUUUAACAUAAAAACAAUAAAUAAAAGGUCAAUCCAAAAUGUAUAGGGCCUUUAAAAACUCAAAUACUUUUUUAUUUGACUUUAAAGGCAAAUUAAAUUGAAUGUUCCGAGAGGGUUAAGGAAAAUAUAAUUCGGGUUAUGGAGUAUUUAAGAAAAUGUAUACAUAUUUAUUAGAAUAAAUAUAUAACCUUACUUUUUUUUCUGCAGACAAGUGUAAAGAGAAUGGGCAAGUUACUUACAAAAAUGUAAUUAUUAGUUAAGUAUUUGAAAGUAAUAACUUGUUUACAAUCUAAGUAUCUCACGAUUGUUGUUACAUUAAUUCCACAUUACUUAUGAGUUACUUUUGUCAUAAGGUGCUUUAUUACACAGAUGGCUACCUGCAACAAGACAACAAUGCCUGAACAUCUUAUUUUCUGUAUAACUUUUUACAUUAAAAUAACAAAUGAGUUGCUAACCAAAAAAAAGUGCUCAUUUUAAUUCUGUCUAUAUUCAACAACUCACCAUAUAAGCUAAAAACAAUACACUCAUUUUCAUCUAUGUCCAAUGGUGGGUGCAUCAGCUGUAAAUAACAAAACAAGACAGCUAAGGACCUUUAAUUUGAUAAAUAAUGGUCCUUAUUUUGGAGUAAGUAUUGACAAAAAAAGAGCAAAACAAACAUAAAAA